AAAAGUCUUAAACCCUAUCACUAUCGGUCACACCCCAGAACUCUUAAACCCUAUCACUCACUGCUAUCAGAUGCUGUACAACAACCACAGCUUAAUAACUUGAUACUACUACUACAAACACAAGGAACUCUGCCAUUUCUGUUAAAACGAAAUGGCGGGUUCGCUGCUCCGCUCACUCUGGUCCUCCACUCGCAGAUCCCUCUCUUCACCUCCUCCGCUCAAACCCCACUCCCUCUUCCUACGCGCCUUCUCCUCUUCUUCCGCCUCCGCCUCCGCCUCAUCCGCCGCCGUAUCCCCAAUCGGCGCACUCGACCCUAGCCGGCUCCGCAACGUGGCGGUGAUAGCGCAUGUCGACCACGGCAAGACCACCCUCAUGGACCGCCUUCUCCGCCAGUGCGGCGCCGUUAUCCCCCACGAACGCGCCAUGGACUCCAUCAGCCUCGAGCGCGAGCGCGGCAUCACUAUCGCCUCAAAGGUUACAUCUAUUUUGUGGAAUGAAAAUGAGCUAAACAUGGUUGAUACUCCUGGACAUGCAGAUUUUGGCGGUGAAGUUGAACGAGUUGUUGGUAUGGUUGAGGGAGCAAUUUUAGUAGUAGAUGCUGGAGAGGGUCCACUUGCUCAAACAAAGUUUGUUCUUGCAAAAGCCUUAAAAUAUGGGUUGCGCCCUAUUCUUCUUUUGAACAAAGUAGACCGACCUGCAGUUUCUGAGGAGAGGUGUAAUGAAGUUGAAAGUCUGGUGUUUGAUCUAUUUGCAAAUCUUGGUGCAACAGAGGAGCAGCUAGACUUUCCAGUUCUUUAUGCUUCUGCUAAAGAAGGAUGGGCUUCUGCUAGUUUCACCAAAGAGCCUCCUGCUGAUGCAAGAAAUAUGUCACAGUUGCUUGAUGCCAUCAUAAAAUAUGUUCCUCCUCCUACAGCUAAUAUUGAUGCUCCUUUCCAGAUGCUGGUUUCGAUGAUGGAACGUGACUUCUAUCUUGGAAGAAUAUUAACUGGACGCGUUUCUUCUGGAAUCAUUCGUGUCGGUGACAGAGUCCAUGGACUUCGUAAUAAAGAUUCUGGAGUUGAAAAAAUUGAAGAAGCUAAGGUGGUGAAAUUAAUGAAAAAGAAGGGUACGGCCAUAGUUCCAAUUGACAGUGCUGGAGCAGGUGAUAUAAUAUCAAUGGCCGGUUUGGCAAGUCCAUCAAUAGGCCAUACAGUGGCAAAUGUGGAGGUUAUGAUGGCAUUGCCCACUGUUGAGUUGGAUCCCCCGACCAUUUCUAUGACUUUUGGAGUCAAUGACUCUCCAUUGGCUGGUCGUGAUGGUACCCAUUUGACUGGAGGGAGGAUUGGUGAUCGGCUAAUGGCUGAAGCAGAAACAAAUCUUGCCAUAAAUGUUCUUCCAGGCUUAUCAGAGUCAUAUGAAGUUCAGGGGAGGGGAGAACUUCAACUGGGUAUCUUAAUCGAGAAUAUGAGGCGUGAAGGAUUUGAACUGUCUGUCUCACCGCCAAAGGUCAUGUAUAAAGCUGAAAAGGGUCAAAAGCUGGAGCCAAUUGAAGAAGUCACUAUUGAGGUAAACGAUGAGCAUGUGGGGUUAAUAAUGGAAGCCCUAUCUCAUAGGCGAGCUGAGGUUAUUGACAUGGGUCCUGUCCCGGGAAAUUUUGGCAGGACUAGGUUGUCUUUAACCUGUCCUUCCAGGGGUCUUGUUGGUUACAGAAGUGUGUUUAGCAGCGAUACACGUGGAACUGGAUUCAUGCACCGUGCUUUCCUGACCUACGAAAAAUAUCGUGGUCCUCUUGGAAAUGUUCGGAAAGGAGUAUUGGUAUGCUUAUCUAUUGCCUUUCUGUUAUGUGAUGGCUUGACUUGA